UCACAGAUCACAACAUCAGCUCGCGCUGCAUCCCGCAUCUCGCGGCCAUCGGGACCAGGAGCACACCUUCAUCUGAGCGUCCAUUCCACAACAGCCCGGCACCGUCUGCACACUGCCGACAACCAGGCCAGUUUAUUACGCUGCCUGCAUCUGUUGUGCUUUCUUUCUUUCUUCUCUCUCUCUCUCUCUCUCCCUCUCUGGAUCAUCUCGGAUUAUUUUUUUUUUAUUUGCUGCAAUUACUCUGUUCGAGAUGGUUUAAUAUUUUUCAAACGCGUCAUUCUAAGGAAGGCCGUCAUCUUUCAAAUCAUUGAGCUGGAGAUCUGGAGGUGCAGGCUGUCCAGGUGAUAGAUACCCCCUCAAAGAGCUCAGACCUCUGACCCUGACGCUCCUGGACGCCUCCUACCAGCCGCCAUGGGAACCGUUCUGUCUCUGUCCCCCAGCUACCGGAAGGCGGCGCUCUUUGAAGACGGCCCCGCCACCGUGGGCCACUACACGGCCGUGCAGAACAGCAAGAACGCCAAAGACAAGAACCUGAAGCGCCACUCGCUCAUCAACGUGCUGCCAUGGAAGCGGAUCGUGGCGGUGUCGGCCAAGAAGAAGAGCUCCAAGAAGGUGCAGCCCAACGCCACGUACCAGAACAACGUGUCCCACCUGAACAACGAGAACCUGAAGAAGUCGCAGUCCUGCGCUAAUCUGUCCAGCUUCACCCAGGAUCAGAGCAGCCCGGCUCUCAGCAAGAGCUCCAACAACACGACAUCCUCGGUCAAGAAGGCCCCACUGACUAACUCCAAUGUGGCCCCCGGCACCCCAAAGAGAGUGAUCGUUCAGGCCUCCACCAGCGAGCUGCUGCGCUGCCUGGGGGAGUUCCUGUGCCGGCGCUGCUACCGCCUGAAGCACCUCUCCCCCACUGACCCGGUGCUGUGGCUGCGCAGCGUAGACCGCUCCCUGCUGCUGCAGGGCUGGCAGGACCAGGGCUUCAUCACGCCGGCCAACGUGGUCUUCGUCUACAUGCUGUGCCGCGACGUGGUCUCCUCCGAGGUGGCCACGGAGCACGAGCUGCAGGCCGUCCUCCUCACCUGCCUCUACCUGUCCUACUCCUACAUGGGCAACGAGAUCUCCUAUCCGCUCAAGCCCUUCCUGGUGGAGAGCUCCAAGGAGACCUUUUGGGACCGGUGCCUGUCCAUCAUCAACCUGAUGAGCGCCAAGAUGCUCCAGAUCAACUCCGAUCCCCACUACUUCACUCAGGUGUUUGCCGACCUGAAGAACGAGAGCCAGAAGGAGGAGGAGAGGAGCCGCCUGCUCAUUGGCCUGGACCGGAGGGUGAGGGCCAUCGCCUGACUGGAUUGCUUCAUGCUCCACGGAUGAACAAGGCAACUCCCGCUGCCUCUCUGGGACAUCCCCUCCACUGACACGGAUGUUUUUGUCUUUUUCUUCUUCUUCUUCUUCUUCUUCUUUUUCCUGCGGCGAUGCAUAUCUGACUGUCAGAGGACAGAGAUCCCAAUCGGAGCCUGAGUUUUAUUAAGGGUGGUGAGGUAGAAUGGCCGGGGGUGAGGGGGUUUGGAGGGGUCAGUCAGUGGACAUUCAGCCCUGCUUUGUUGAACUUUUGAUAAAAAAAAAAGAAAAAAGAAAAAGCAAAACGAAAAAAAACAAACAAACAAAAAAAAAACUGGACGAUGAAUAUCGUGUGUUCGGAAGGACUUACAUUAUUUGACAAAAAGGAAAAAGGAAAAAAAAAAAAAAUGAAAGACAACAUGUUCAUGGAUGUUUUUGCUCCACGGGGCUUUAUUUAUUGCUUUGUUUUCCAACAAGUUUUCUUUUUCUACUUAGAAAUGUAACAUUUUGCACGUGUGCCAUGCAAUUUUACGAAGCCUCCAGGAGCUGUUAUUAUUAUUAUUAUUAUUAUUAUUAUUAUUAUAAUUAUUAGGAUUAUUAUGUUUCUUCCUUUUACUUGAUUUGCGAACCGACUGCAUCUGCGUUAAGAGAAUGCUGUGAACAAAGUGACGCUAGUUUUAUUUAUCUCUGCUUGCUAAAAUAAGGCUAUUUAUUUACCAGGGAAGAAAAAAAAAAAGUUUCUUUGUACUUUUUCUGUCGACGGGUUGUGUUGCAGCCACUCUUGUGCUCAUGCUUCAGCAUUAAAAAUGUUCUUACGGUGCCAUAUCAUUGAGGAAAACACUACUGAGACACUGGACGUUGAGGCAACUUAUCCCAACAUCUAACUUAUUGCCAUUUAGGUAUUUAUUCAGCUGGGCACAUUGGAGUGAUGAGAAAGGGAAGGACUCUCAGAGGAAGGGGUUGUUGGUGCAGGAGGCGCGCUUAUCCUUGGUGAGAAUGAAGAUUGAGCUGGUUUGUUUAUGUUUUGGGCCCAUUUAUCGAAACCUGCGUUUAAUCUGACCAUCACCAACACCAUUUGCAGCCUCCAUUGUCACCAUGCCAAAACUACACAGCUUUGAGAUUUUAUUUUAUUUUUUUUAACUUCAAGAAACCCAACCUGAUGCUCCACAUAUCAGAAGCAGAUAACAGCUGCAGUCUAUAUAUGUAUCUAAAGAUCACCUAUUGAAGAUAUCUUGUAUGAAUCGUUGUCUCCCGAUUAAGGAGACGGUGGGAAUCAAAAAGUGCGGGGCUGCGCUUUUCCAAAUAGCAAUCCGUGUUAUUUCUGUUUUAGCUCUUUUGGGUUUUCUUCAGACCAGGCAGGAAGGUCGGGUUGAAACAGACUAAAUCAUUUCCCCCCCCUCUCAGCUUGAAAUGUGCCAUGUUUCUUCACUUGCAUUGUUCACUAGUUGUUUAUAAGCUUAUAAAACAUGAAGAA